AUGAGCUUCUAUCUGUUCAACCUCACGAUGCUGAUUGUGGUAUUAGCCGUCGCAAGUUCCUGGCAAUUUCUAGUCAAUUCUAACAAACGCCGGCCAUCUGGGCCACCUCUUCAUCUCUUAUCUGAUCUGUCCUAUCUUGAAGAGAAGGGCAGUCGAUCUAAAUUUUCUAUAUUCCGAAACCAGUACCUUCUGAUAUAUGCAUUGGCAAACCUCGCAGACUGGCUUCAGGGAUCUCACACAUAUAGCCUUUACAAAAACACCCAUGGGCUUUCCGAACCAACAGUAGCAGCUUUGUUUGCAACCGGCUUCUUGUUUGGUGGUAUCAGUGGAACUUUCACCGGUAUCCUAGCUGACAGCAAGCCGGUGCUCCUAUUCUUCGGUCGUGCUCUGGGAGGUGUUAGUACGACGCUACUUUUCAGCGUUUUCGAGACCUGGAUGAUCUCUCAGUAUCGAGCAAGCGCCUUCCGGGAAGCCGAGAAUCCGCUGGCCGACGUCUUUAGCGCAAUGUCCAUCGUGAAUGGCAUGGUUGCCAUAGCGUCAGGCGUGACAGCCGAGAUUCUUGAGGAAAACUAUGGCGACUCUUCUGAUGGACAGUCAUUUCUGACGAAUCUGAAAAACGGCUCUCUGGUUCUUCCCGAUCAACGAGUGCUGUCUAUCGCCGCCACGACGUGGGUCUUCGAAGGCUCCAUGUACCUCUUGGUCUACUUCUGGUCAAACGCCAUCAUGUCAGCGCGCGAUCUCUUGGGCACCUCUGAAAAGCCCCCGUUUGGUCUUAUUUUCGCGUCCUUUAUGUGCUCGAUGACGCUCGGGUCUAUGGCAUUCCGCCAGCGCGAACAUCUGCGAGUUACAGCAACCAUUGAUUCUUCGCAGGACUUUCAAUUGGUACUUUCAACAUCCGCUUGUUGCUUGAUGGUCGCUGCCGUCACGCUGCAGGAGUCGAUUUUGUUCUGGGCUUUCUGCUUGUUUGAGUUUUGCGUCGGCUUUUACUUUCCGACCAUAUCGUCUUUGAAGGCAUCUUUCAUCGUUGAUGGGCAUAGAGCUGAGACCUACGGUCUUAUGAGGCUUCCGCUGAAUCUUCUCGUGGUCACCAGUCUUAGUACCGUCCAGGAAGGAGCCGAGAAUCGGAAUAUUCGCUUCAUGGCCUGUAGCAUUAUGCUGCUACUUUGUGUUCUGCUUGUGCGCAAGCAUAUACAUCGAAGGCCAAACUAG